AGGAACUGGUUUGGACUUUGGCGUUUAGUGGAGAUCCAAUGUGGAGUCGUCACCCAGAGCCAAACGCAGCUGAUACGCGGGACAGGACCGUUCAAUUAUCGACUGAGACUAGCGAUGGCAAAUCCAAUAUAGUGAAAAGAACGCCCGAAACGGACAGAGAGGCGCGCGACCGUACUUGGCGCGAUAAUUCUGAACCUCGGAAGAGAAGUGGUUAUGCGGGCUCCUCACGACGCUCAAAUCGUCGGGAGACGGGAGCUUUUGCUUCAAGCAAAUGUUACAUUGCACUCUUACCCGACGAACUCUUGAUUCACAUUCUAGCAAACUUGGAGCCCACCGAAAUGAAAGCAGCCUCCAGAGUCUGCUCGCGAUGGCAUCGAGUGAUCGCUGACGACGGAUGUUGGCGGUCUGCCUUUGACAUCUACUAUGGAUGUCUUCCCAUCAGACGUCUAGCGGAAACUAGCUGGCGUAAAGAGUAUUUGAAACGCACGCGACUUCUAAGGAGUUUUCAACGAGGAAAGCACGUUGUCCAAUUUGAUCCACGUAUCGGUAAAAUAGAUCAAGUGUUCCUAGAUUUUGAAGAGGGCAGGAUGGCUUGUGGAUCAUUAGAGAAGGGAAUGGUGGCCUUUUGUCAUCCCUCCACCGGGAGAGUGGAGAAAGGCACUGUCUACUUUAACGACAAUAGAGUUCCCACACAAAUUGCGGCCCUUCAGUUGGACAGGCAUCGAAUUGCCGUUGGUUACAUUUCGGGUGGAGUUGCGCUGGUAACUGAUUUUAGGGACAGGAUCAAUUAUACCGUUCGGCGUUUUGCGGGGCUCCACUUGGGGCCUGUGACCUGUUUGGCUUGGGUGCCUAAUCUUCCCUCCGCUUUCAUUAGCGGAGGAAACGAUGGCACCGUCAAGGUGUGGGAUGUGGCUCAGUCCCAAUGUAUCCGAACCCUCCGAGGACCCACGGCAGGCGUGGGUAUCACCACACUAGCUUGCGACCGGAAAGGCUAUGUUCUUGCCGGAACCGACCAUGGUGAUCUUCUGGUGUGGGAUCUCGACCUAGCAAGUGUUGAAUACGGCUCACCACCACUGGAAAUGCCUAUUCCCGCUUCCAGAGUGCUGCGUUUCGGUCAAACCACAGAAGAUGCAAAGAUAGUCUCCCUGCUGUAUGAUCCAACAGCAGAUACGGCUCUGGGGAUUGUUGGGUCACCCGCUAAUAUCGACGGGAGUAUUAGGCAAUGGAACGUGCGAACCGGAGAGGUGCUUGUGAACUUCAUCGGGGGACAUGCUGCUGAGAUUUCUAGUGCGGCAUGGGACAGGACGAAUCCAGGUUCUUCAUCACAUGGCGAUAAUCGGAUCCUCUUGGCAACCGGUGACGUUCUUGGCACCGUAUCCAUUUGGGACGUCCCGCAACCGAGAUUGUCGGCGGACAGCACACACGAGACGAUGACAGCUAGACCGGUCCAUGUUAUUGAUGCCCACCGGGCAUCGGUGUGUGCGCUUCAUAUAGAUGCGUUCAAGGUCGUGUCAGGAGCCGAAGACGGAAGCGCGAAAGUUUUUGAUAUUCUCACAGGGCGCUGCAUCCGAACAUUGCUCGUUCGCCGCACGCGUGGUGGAAAUGAUGGAUUGAACGCUGUCGGGGGCGGAGGAGUAGCGGAUGGACGACGUAUGGUGCGUUGUAUUUGGGCUGGGCCGUAUCAAGUCAUUGUUGGGAGCGGCGACCAUGUCAAGUCAUGGGACUUUGUUACUUCCACUGCAUCUGCCACGUCCGGUAAAGGCAAGAAAAAAUCCAGCGCCCCAAAUGGCCGACGUGGACCUGCGCGUGGACUUCGCGGCAAUGCCCAUGAAAACACUUGGUUGGAAAUUCGUGAUGAGGUUCGAGAAAGUCGGUUGGAGCGGGAAUAUGAGCGGGAAGCUGAAGAGUGGAGUAGAAAACAGGCGCAGAAGAUCAAUGGUGUACAUCCGCCCACCGGCAUGUCAGAAGAGGAAUUGAUAAACUAUGCAAUGCUCAUGUCCUUGGAGGAACAAAAAGACACUGGCCAUGAUAAGGCAUUGAUGGAUGCUUUGGAGCAGAGUUUGCUCGACGAGAAUUCCGUCCCCCGGAAUGACGACGAAGAAGAUUUGGUAUCAGAGGAGCCACACGUAGACUUGGACUGGAAUCUUGAUUCCACCACGGAUCCAUCAACAACUUGUUCUUCAUGGGACGACUCCAAAGGAUGGGGAAAUCAGAGCCGCCGGGGGAGCCGGCUGAUGGUGUACGGCAGCAGCACUGGAUCCGCUAGCAGCGUCUCUGGAUCGAGAUCUUCUUUGUGGGAGCACGUAGCAGAACGGUAUGAGGUGCGCGAGAAAGCUGGAAAUAAAUUACAAGGAAACGUAAAGGUGGCUUCGCGCGUGCCAACUGGUGGAUAUUCUUCGCAAAAUAGGGGAACGGAAGAGGAUGAUGAGGAGUUGCAAUAUGUUUUAGAGCUCAGUUUAGUGGAUAAAUGAUGGUCUAUAAUCUAAUAUCAGGCUAAUGGCAAUAAGACAUACGCUGCUGUGUGGAAUUCAGGAA